AAAUGGCCCAAGCAAGCGACAGCACAGCUAUGGAGGUCGAGGAGGCCACAAAUCAGACAGUUAAGAAGCGUUUCGAGGUCAAGAAAUGGAGUGCCGUCGCACUUUGGGCCUGGGACAUUCAGGUCGACAACUGCGCUAUUUGCCGCAAUCACAUCAUGGAUCUGUGCAUCGAGUGCCAAGCGAAUCAAGCAGCCGGGCUCAAGGAUGAGUGUACCGUUGCAUGGGGAAACUGUAAUCACGCUUUCCACUUCCAUUGCAUUUCUCGUUGGCUGAAGACACGACAGGUAUGCCCAUUGGACAAUCGUGAGUGGGAAUUCCAAAAGUACGGACACUAAUCGAUCUUCAUUCUUCUGCCAACCGCCCGGGCAGUUUCUUCACACUUUUUUACUUGUAUUCACUGAUUUUUCUUCUAUUUCCUUUUGUGAAUAUGUAUUCGUCCCAAAAAAAAGCACAUUAAAAUCCAGACGUGUUAGUCUCUAUGUGAUCUGACACUUUUCAUUUGUUUAUUCAAAUCUCCAAUCCCUUCUGACCUUCUAAAAUCAUCCUUCCUCGCUUGAAUAUUUAAUUUUUCUCCGCUAAAAAUAUAAAUAUGAACUGUGUCC